AUUUCUACUACUAAUAAGAAUAAUAAACGAUUACAUUGUGAAUCCAGUUUUCAAGAUACAAUUGAAGUAAUGGAAAUGGAAUCAACAAAUAAUGCUGAGGGUACAUCCAUGGUGCAAAAUAACAAUAAAAAUGAUUUAAUUUUAGAUAUUGAAUUGGAAGAAAGAAAAAUUGCUUUAUUAAAAUGUCAAACCAGAGUUAGAAAAGAAACUGCUGAAGCGGAGGCUAUUGAAUUACAAAACCAGCAGCUGAAAGCAAGCUUGGGCUUGUAA